AUGGAGUUGUUCUGGCUGUGGAUACCUGUUCUGGGCUCUCUGAUGUUAGCGGAAUAUGUGUGGACUCUACCCAUCGAUCAGGACCAGUGGCCAAGGCCUGAGGAUGUGGAGCUGGCUGAGGACUACCUCAGGAGGUUUUACAACCUGAACCCUGGAGACGGAGGCAGAGUGUCGGGAAGAAGUAUCAGGUCUACGUCAGCCGUGGAAGAGAAGAUCAGAGAGAUGCAGAACUUCUUUGGUCUGAGAGAGACGGGUCGCCUGGACCAUCACACCCUGGAUGUGAUGAGAGAGCCCAGGUGUGGUGUUCCAGAUGUAGAAAACUUCAGCUUUUACCCAGGAAAGCCUAAAUGGAGGAACCCAACCAUCACAUACAUGAUUGCCAAAUACACCCAAGACAUGAAGAGAGCGGAUGUAGAAAAGUCAUUUCGUUCAGCCCUGAAGAUGUGGAGUGAUGCAGCACCGCUGACGUUCAACAAAGUCACCCAUGGCAAAGCCGACAUAGUCUUCUCCUUCACUCGCAGAACCCAUGGAGAUUUCUUUCCCUUUGACGGACCCCGGGGUGUGCUGGCUCAUGCCUUUCAGCCAGGAGAGGGCUUAGGUGGAGACGUGCACUUUGAUGAGGAUGAAACAUGGACGGCGGGGACGCAAGGUUACAGUCUGUUUGCAGUUGCGGCUCAUGAGCUUGGCCACUCGCUGGGUUUGACUCACUCGAGAGACCCCUCUGCCAUCAUGUACCCUAAUUACAGGCAUGGCAGCAGUACUCAGUACUCUCUGUCCAAAGAUGAUGUGCUCGGGAUCCAAACGCUGUACGGAAAACCUACAGGAAAAGUGGAAACACAACCAGCCCCGAAAAAGUGCGACCCCAACUUUUCCUUUGAUGCGGCAGCUAUGAUCGGAAAUGAGAUUGUUUUCUUUAAAGACAGGCACAUGUGGAUGAGAACAACACAGACAACGUACUGGAAUCGCCUGCGAGAGAGCCUCAGGAGCACAUAUUUACCGAGCAUCAGUUCUCCCGUUGAUGCCGCUUAUGACAUCCCUGCCAAAGGCGUGGCGUACAUAUUCACUGGUCAUAAGUACUGGGUGGUUCAACAGCUUAACAUGAAAAGUCAUGCGGGCUCCAUCUAUGAGUAUGGCUUCCCCGCCAGAGUCAGGCAGGUUGACGCUGCCGUGCAUGUCAGUGAAAAUGGGAAAACAGUCUUCUUCACAGGAGAGCUUUAUUACAGGUAUGAUGAGCGCAGCAGAAGGAUGGACCCAGGCUUCCCCAGACUCAUUCGGACAGACUGGCCCGGAGUCCCGAAAAGGGUUGACGCUGCCUUCAAGUUACAUGGUAGCAUCUUCCUCUUCAGUGGGCCAAAAUCCUACCAGUAUGACUUCAGAAAAAACAAGGUGGUGAACGUGAUUUCAGCAAAUUCCUGGCUAGGAUGUUGA